UUGGCCAACCUGUUGGGCUGUACUGCAAAUAUGAAGACAGCUGUGACUGGCAUUACUCUAGUAGCAGUCGGUACCUCUCUUCCGGACACAUUCGCAAGCCGCACAGCUGCACUGCAGGACGAGACGGCAGACAAUAGCAUAGGCAAUGUAAACGGUUCCAAUAGCGUCAACGUGUUUCUCGGCCUCGGACUUCCCUGGAUCCUUAGCUCGGGUUAUGCUGCACUCAAGGGGAGACAAUACUGCAUUUAUCCAGAGAAUCUGACAGAAUCCGUAAUCGUAUAUCUCGGAUGCGCCUCUUUAUGUCUGGGAAUUCUUUUCUGUCGUCGAAUGGCUUUCGGUGGUGAACUCGGCGGCUCCAGAGUGACUAAAUGGAUUUCUGGACUACUUAUAUCCUUUCUGUGGGUCGGAUACGUGGUAUUUUCCAUCCUGAAGGUCUACGGCGUGAUUACUUGGAGCUACGAUGUGCCUGAGUCCACAUGCCUGCCAGAUUGA